UCUCGUGAGGCAGACGACGGGCCACCAUAUUGUACGAGGUGCGUUACGCGAAGGAGGCUCGGUGUUUUCUACGUUGAAGAUGAUCAAUCUGGCGAACGUGUUCGGCCGUCAGGCGUUGAGGAGAUUCACGACGAGCGCGAUUCGCAGAAGUGAACAUCACGAUCCCUACGACGGCGUCCCUGGAUACAACUUGCCGUUCAGCGUGCAGAACAGGCACAAGCUGUUGCUAUUGUUCAUGGUCUACAUCAGCAGCGGCUUCUCCAUUCCUUUCUUCAUAGCUCGCCACCAACUGAAGAAACAUUACUAAUCAACUGGCUGUGCGGCUUUAGUAGCGUUUCGCCGAUGCCGAAGGAUCGUUGAGCUAUGGCCAAAGGAUUACUGCGAUAGAAAGUACAAUGUAUUUGUAACGAAGAGACCUCAGUAGUAUCGGAUCAUAUGUUCGCUUAACUUGAACCUUCAUUAAAAGUGGAUAUCACACCAAGA